ACUAGCCAAUCCGCGCGGACUCGGGUUCGCCCAGGCUCCCGACUGGCCGGCGGGAACCGGGGAGCCGCUCCCCAGCACUCGCGGACUUCGGAAUUGGCUGGCGGCCUGACGGGCGCCGCGGCCGCAGCGCGUUUCCGCAGUUUGUCGAGCCCCGGGGAUGCGCGCCCUGCCAGCCCUGGACGCGCCCCCGAGCGAGCGCCUCCUGUCCCGGGACUCCGGGGCCCCCCGGGCCCGGGACCCGGCGGGGCCGACGCGCAGGAGCGCGGUGGAAAGGCUGGCAGCCGACCGCUCCAAGUACGUGCGGGGCCCGCCGGGAGCCGGCCCAGGCCCGGCUUGCGAGGGCAGCGGCCCCGGGGCGAGCGAAGGGCAGGCGGGCGACCCUCGGCCCCCGGCGCGCGUCCCCGGUGCGGUGGCGCGCAGGGCCAUAGCGCGGAAGCCGCUGAGGCCGGACUCGCUGGUUAUCUACCGACAGAAAUGCGAGUUCGUCCGAGGGUCGGGAGCCGACAGCCCCAGGGGAGGCCUGGUGAAGAAGCUCUUCCCGGGGCCGGGCAAGGACAAGACGCCGGGGUGCCCCGGCACGUCCCGGGUGGGAGAGGAGGGCGGGGCCGGGGCCCAGGAGGCCGCCCCGACCGAACCCGGCCCCGUCGUGGCUCCCGCGGUGCCAGGGCCCUCCGCGCCCCCGGCUCCCGCCCCGCCGGUCAGGGCGCCCUCCAGAGUUCCGGCUGCGCCCCGGGGUCCGGAGCUGCUCGGGGCGAGGCACCGGGGGCUGCAGCGUUCGCAGUCCGACCUCAGCUCGCGCUACUCCGCGUCCUUGGCCGAAUUUGACACCUUCUUCCAGUACUGCGGCCUGGAGCCCGAGGUGGUGGAGGCGAUCGGCCGGGAGAACUUCUCCGCCGGGUCGGACGUCGUCGCCCUCAAGGUCCGCAGCGUGAGCGUCGCCACCUCCGACAGCGGCUUCUCCCGGCACAGCGGCGGCGACGAGGGGCUGCAGGAAGAAGAGCUCACGGAGCAGGUGCCCAGCACCACCUCGGUGGUCGAGAGGAACGCCCGCAUCAUCAAGUGGCUGUACACCUGUAAGAAGGCCAAGGAGACCCCCGGCCAGGGGCUGCAGGGCCCGGCGUGACCGCUGCGCCCCGGGAGACCCGGACCGAGAAAAAGGCCUGCGGGGAGAUGGAUGCAGAGAAACCAGAUGAUAGCUGCUUUUGCCACUGAUUUCUUUUCAAAAUUUAAAAUGUGCAAAGGAGAUGCUUAAAAUGCAGAAAAUAUCACAAAACCAAAAACUGCAGGGACCUGACUUCGUAGUUCAAUGCUUGGCUUUAUAACUUUUGCCUAGAAUGGUGUUGAUUGACAGCUUUUUCCUUAUCCUCAGGAAGCAAGCCUUCCCGACAGUGGGGACUCCUUGAAGUACGUCUGGUUGAUUGGGACCCCAGGGCCAUCCUCACUGCCAGGUUUUGUCCAGUGUACCCAGGUGUCCAUAUGAUUGCUGUUUUCCCAGGAAUAAAGCACGCCAUUGAAGAAGCCUAAGCAAUUUCAGAAGGUUGGAAGUGCUAUGGAGAAGAUGGGGACAUACAACUUGGAAAUUAGCUGAGUUAUAACACAGCUGUAGCUCUGGAAGAUAUUUUCUUGUGUUAGGUGGACCUAUCCUUGCUUCCAGAGAGCAGCAGAAGAGGGAAAAACUGCUUGGAGAUAUUUUCAAGGGCAUCUUUUUGAGUGGCUUGCUGACAAAGAGGUACAAUUAUACAUUUUGAUGAUAUCUAAAUUAAUUUUAAAAAGAAAAAAGGCAAAGAGCAUGAAAAGCAAACACGAAUGCCACGGUAUUUACUUCUUCAAUCAUAUUGGAUGGAUUGGCACCAUUUAAAUCAAAGUUCUGUGAUCAUAAGAAGUUAUAUUCUACACAAAUACUAUGGCUAACAAAGAGCAAACACAUGCUCACACUUGCAUACUCACACGUAGACCUCAAUUUCUAAGCACCACUGCACCGUAAACUACAGUGAAUUCCCAAAUUGUGCAACUGAUCAUCUUAUGAAAUGAAUCAGAAAGCACUUUUAAAACCACUUGAGAGCUGCAAGGUCAUUCUGUGAACAUCACUCCUGUUGGGUUGUAGACAUGCAGAGGUACCAGUAAAAGAUAAAGAGCUGAAAUACUGCUCGGAAACCUUUUCUUGUACCUGGACAGUUCCUUGAGAGUUGGCAGAAGAAUGUUGGAGCUUCCUUCCUUCAGAUCAACAGCAGUGGUCCGCUUCUGCAGCACCGUUUAGAAUAUGGGCCUCCAUGGUUCUCCUGUUCCCAGCUUCCAAAAGGAUAAAAAGCCUCGGUUUAGACAGAGCAUGGACUCAUGACAGUGAUGUGCCCUGCUCUCUGGUCUGAUUCACACACCCACCUGUCAGGCAAUCAUUCCAAACUUGGCAACACUUCACCCUUCUCUGAAAAGGGUGUGUUUGAGACAAGGGUUAGCCUCUGGGUGUCCAUAAGGAGUUACUGUGACCCUAAAUCUGAACAAGCUCAUGGCACUCAGAGUAAAUAGAUUUCAGAUUCAGAAACUUCUGGGAGGAAUUUUGUAUCGAUGAUGACAACCCAAAGAAAACUUGUCACCUGGUCAAAGCUUACAAUGUUUUGUCAAAAUAUGUCCCUUCAAGAAUAAAAUUAUUAGAAGAAUCGAGAGGGAAGAGAAAUAGCUUUCUCAGUGGUAAAAUAUUUUAUAAACCAAUUUUGAUACAUUCAUGUAUUUGUUUAAUAUUGUAUUCUAUUUUUGUAACUGUUUUACUGUGAGAAUAUGUCCUUGAAUUACUUAAAUAUUUAUUUUUACAUAGUUAUUGGUCUUCAAAUAGUUUUCCUACACUUCGUAUGGUUUUAGUUUUUAUCCGGAUAAUUUUAAAUCAUUCUCUCCUUGAUUAUCUUUUUGUAUGUUGUUUAAUUGAAUUUCCAAAUUUGACUGUAAGCAGAGUGUUCACUGCUCUAGAAAGUGCUCUGUGCUCUAGGGAUUUGUUUUCAAGUAAAACACAGAUGCGCAUUUGGGGAGGCUCUGUUGGCUGAUGGAUGUACCUCUGUCAAUGUAGUCUCUAGAAAGACAAAGAUUCCCUGCUCUAAGAAAUGUUUCCCUGUUGUUUUUUUAAAAAUGCUGCUGUUCUGCUGUUCACUGGAUUACACUUAGUUUAAAGAUAAUGUCAAAGAUGAGAGGAGUUUUCUUUAAAGGACCUUUUCAUACAUGCAGUUCCCUUGUUUACAGGUUCCAUUAAUUUUAUAUGUGAAUGCUGUAAGUAAAAUUGUUAUGUGCCUUUCUAUUGUCAGAAUAGGAUGAACCGAAACCUAGCUCAGAUUUAUCUGAGAUCAAAAUGGUGCGGACUCUACCAUCCGUGUAAUAGAUGAAAAAGAGAAAAACAAAUUGGUUACCAUUUAAAAGCACCAAGAUCUUUGAGAAGCAUUUGCACUUCAGUGGAGGCGACUCCUGGAAGGAGCUGUCAGGAACAGGGUAUCCCCAGACCCCAGCAGGAUGGGUUAACGCUCCCUCUUGUCCGUUCAGAUUCAUGCCUAAGCUCCGGGCCUGAGUGUGUGGUUGGAGGCCAGAGGUCCUUUCCUCACUGAAUUACCCCAAUUUGCUGAGUGACUUUGAGAAAAUCAAACUGUGUAGCUCAAUCUGAAUGAAAAAGCUUGUAAUUGCUUUUCACUAUUGCGGCAAAAUAGUUUCUUUUGUUCACAAAAGAAUAGCUUCUCAGAUAAUAUGAUUAAGCACGAUGGAGAGAAAAAAUUAUUGAUACAGCAUGGAAAAUAUCUUGGUAGUAUCUAUUUCAUUAAUACAUGGGUACAGAUCAGCAAUGCCUCAGAGUGAAAGGUAUUUAUGUAACUGGAAAGUUUCCUCACUAUAUACUGAUGCAUAUAGUUUCUAAACUGCUGGUCACUGACACUGGAAUACAAAGAAGGAUUUAUCAAACGUUGCCCUUUUCAGUGGGUUAAAGGUGCAGUGCUGUAGUUGGUGAUUCCGUAAGAUAUCAGGCCCAGACAAUUGUUAUGGCUGUUUCUGAAUAGAGUUCAUGUUUUCUGCACGCUACUUGCGACAUGAGUGCAAUAUUGUAUAUUCUGUAUCAAAGAAAUAAAGUAUUUUUUAUCAUU